GAGACAGACAGCAAAUUUAAUGAACAGGUGUCCAUGUGAGACGCAUUCACACGCUCUCUCUCUCAAGUCUCUCUUUCCAUUACUACUACUAUAAACCGUUCUGGGAACUUGAUCAACAUUUUUAAUCCUAAAACUUCUUUUGAGUGUGUUGAAGAAGAAGAAGAUUAAAAUUCACUAAAAACCCGAGAAAAGUGGAAGAAGAAGGAAGGAAGAAGAAGACAAGAGAGCAUUCUGAUUCAUGUGACUCUGGUUUCGUUUCUUUCUGUGUCUCUGCUGUGUCGUUUUCUCGGCAUAUUUCUGAUCUUUCGUUCUCGGUUGGUUUUUGGUUUCUGGGUAUUGAUUGAUUGAUUCAAAAGUCUUCAACUUUCCUGGAAACUGGAUCUGGGUUUAUCCGUUUUUACUCGUCUGAGAAGAGAAAAAAGGAUGAAUCCUUAUGAUGCGAAAGACAGAAGAUGGAUUCUCUCUAUGUUCUUCUUCGUCGUUUUGUUCUGCAACAACGUUUCGACUUCGUCUUCUUCAUCUGAAGUUAUCACGAUUAAGCCAAGACAUUUAUCCUUGCUAAAGAGUGCUUUACAACGGUCAAGUGGAGAACAGUCUGAUCUAUGGAGGCCAUUGACUGAUCAAGGAUGGAGUCCUUGUAUUGAUUUGGGAAAUUCUCCUUCAUUACCGGAUAAAACCGCGGGAUAUGUUCAGGUAUUUCUUGAUGGAGGACUUAACCAGCAACGAAUGGGAAUAUGUGAUGCUGUUGCAGUUGCGAAGAUUUUAAACGCAACACUCGUGAUCCCUUAUCUUGAAGUGAAUCCUGUGUGGCAAGAUUCAAGUUCUUUUGUUGAUAUUUUUGAUGUCGAUCAUUUUAUCGAUUCUUUAAAAGAUGACAUAAGGGUGGUUAGAGAACUACCUGAUGAAUACUCUUGGAGUACAAGAGAGUAUUACGGUACAGCAGUACGUGAAACACGAGUGAAAACCGCGCCUGUUCAUGCCUCUGCGAAUUGGUAUAUUGAGAACGUCUCACCAGUUCUACAAAGUUAUGGGAUUGCUGCCAUUUCUCCAUUCUCUCACCGGCUAUCAUUCGACCACUUACCUGCUGAGAUCCAACGACUAAGAUGCAAAGUGAAUUUCCAAGCUUUACGUUUUGUCCCUCACAUUACAUCACUCGGUGAUGCUCUUGUCAGCCGCCUUAGAAACCCGUCAUGGAGAAGCAAUAAGGAACAGAAAAAUGUUGAUCAUUUAGGAGACAUGACCAACCCACACAGAAGACAAGAACCCGGGAAGUUUGCUGUGCUUCAUCUUCGCUUCGACAAGGACAUGGCUGCGCAUUCAGCGUGUGAUUUUGGCGGAGGCAAAGCCGAGAAACUCUCCUUGGCGAAAUACAGACAAAUGAUUUGGCAAGGAAGAGUGUUGAAUUCUCAAUUCACUGAUGAAGAGUUAAGAAGUCAAGGACGGUGUCCUCUAACACCAGAAGAAAUGGGACUUCUUUUAGCUGCUUUCGGAUUCGAUAACAAUACUCGUCUCUAUCUUGCAUCCCACAAGGUGUAUGGAGGAGAAGCUAGAAUCUCAACAUUAAGACAAGUAUUCCCAAGAAUGGAAGACAAAAGAAGUCUUGCAUCUUCUGAAGAACGAGCUCGAAUCAAGGGCAAAGCUUCUUUAUUAGCUGCACUUGACUACUACGUUAGUAUGCACAGCGACAUUUUCAUCUCCGCAUCACCUGGAAACAUGCACAACGCUCUUGUUGGUCAUCGAACAUUCGAGAAUCUCAAGACGAUCAGACCAAACAUGGCGUUAAUAGGACAGCUUUUCCUCAACAAAAGCAUCACUUGGGUAGAUUUUCAGCAAGCGCUUGGUGAAGGACAUGUGAAUAGACAAGGACAGAUCCGGUUAAGGAAACCAAAACAGUCGAUUUAUACUUAUCCUGCUCCUGAUUGUAUGUGCCAUGUUUGAUUAGUUUUUAAAGUCUUGAUCUUUAGAUAUUUCUUAUAAGAAUAAAAAUAAAAACUCUGAUUCUUGAUGAGGCUAGUUUGUGUUUAGAUUUGUGUUCUUGAGGCUUAAUAAAAAGAGUAUAGUUUGAUUAGAAAUUUGAUUGUGAAUGAAUAUUACAAAUUAUUGUAGCGAUAAUGAUAAUUUGAUCAAAAAUAAGUAAAGAAGAUCAAGUGGAUAAUCCCUUAUUAA